AUGCUAACAGAAGAUCCAUUUUCGUCACGAUUAUAUUUCAAAUUUUUUCAACUAAAAGGACGACAUUUAAUCAAAGACACACAACAUCGUCAAGAAAAUGCAGUACGUUUAAGAUUUGAACGUAUAAUUGAAUUAAAACAAAACAGUCUCAAACAUCAACGUUUAAUGUCGACUAAAGAUUUAAAUCAACCUGGUAUUAAUUCAUUGUUCGAAAAACGUUUUCAUCAACACUGUAUGGAUCAUGCAAGAAAAAAGAUUGAAAGUAAUAAUGUAUUUGACGUUCAAGAAUCACAAUCAUUUCAGAAUAUAUUUAUCGAAGAUGAUACCAAAGAAGAUUCGAAUUAUAUUUCAUCAACAAGCACAAAUUUCAGUGAACAAACAUUACCUGAUUUAGCAGACAAUUCUAGUUUGUCAAGUUUAAAUAAGAGAAAAACUUUACGUCAACAACAACAACAGCAGAAAAAAUUGCAAGCAUUUCGAUAUGACAGAACUCAAUUUCGACAUAUGAUCGAUAGUAGUUAUAAAAAGGAUAAUUUGAAUUCAAAAGGUAUUGAUUAUUUAUUGAGUCAAAAAAGUUUUUCAAAUGAUAAUUCGGACGAUACAACAGAUGAUGAUGGAGAAAAGGUUGAAUUACCUGAUAUUGUACGACCUACUAUGGCCACUGUCACGAAUAGUACGGAUCAUUUAUGUAUAAAGUCACGUUCUAGACAACUACAGAAAUUCUUUCGUAUUAUUCAUUCAAAUGUAGAAAAUAGAUUUGAUUCAAGAAAUGUCAAUAGUCUUCCUAUGGGAGAAGAUAAUGUUGUUAAAAUAAAAAAUAAAUUUGAAGAAAUAAAACUACAAGAACAAAAACAGACAAAGAAAAUGAAUAUAAACAAUAACUUAGUUAAAACAUCGAAUAUUACUUCUAAAAUACGAAAAAAGCUGCAAAGUGCACCAAGUUCUUCUAUAAUCGAUGUAAAAUCGACUAAAACUGAUGCUCAACGACAUCAAUUUAUGAUGGAGAAAAACAAUAAGAAUGAUAAUGUUGAUAAUAUUGUUGAACGUCAAUCGAAUAUGUCAUUUGUACACGCGGUGACAUCAAGCAAAGAAAUUGACGAUUAUUUAUUAGUACGUAAAAAUAUUCUUGGAAUAAUAUUAAAACAUUUAAAAGAAAUGCCAGAUACUGAAAGACACUCGAAAUGGACUACAUUUAGAGAAAUUGAUGAAAAAUUUUCCGAAAGUGUAUUGAAUGUAUAUCCGAAUUUUGAAAGAAUUAUUCUAUAA